GUGGGCGCAGCCGCCAGUGGCCAAUGGACGCGCGCGGCGGAGGGCGAAGGGCAGGCCUGCGCCGCCGUAGACGCUGGGGACGCCAGCUUGCUCCUUCCUUUUGACGCUAGCAAAUGAUGCUGUUUGGAAAAAUUUCCCAGCAGCUCUGUGGCUUAAAGAAACUCCCAUGGUCAUGUGACUCCCGAAACUUCUGGGGCUGGUUGAAUGCAGUGUUUAACAAAGUGGAUCAUGACCGCAUCAGGGACGUGGGUCCUGACAGGGCAGCAUCAGAGUGGCUGCUGCGCUGCGGGGCCAUGGUGCGCUACCACGGCCAGCAGAGGUGGCAGAAGGACUACAACCAUCUCCCGACAGGCCCUCUGGACAAGUACAAGAUUCAGGCGAUUGACGCCACCGACUCCUGUAUCAUGAGCAUCGGAUUUGAUCACAUGGAAGGCCUACAGUAUGUUGAAAAAAUAAGACUAUGCCAGUGUCACUAUAUUGAGGAUGGCUGUUUGGAGAGACUUAGCCAACUUGAAAAUUUACAAAAAAGCAUGUUGGAAAUGGAAAUAAUUUCAUGUGGGAAUGUCACAGACAAAGGUAUCAUUGCUUUGCAUCAUUUCAGGAACCUGAAGUAUUUGUUUCUAAGUGAUCUUCCUGGAGUAAAAGAAAAAGAAAAAAUUGUUCAAGCCUUUAAGACAUCACUGCCUUCUCUGGAGCUAAAAUUAGACUUGAAGUAAAAUAAUAUUUCAAUAAGUAUCUUAAUUCAGUGUAGAGUGUCAUUUUAAAUUGAUCCUUAACAGCAACAAAUAUUAUAUGGUUAUCAGCAGAACUAUAAGGAUGUUAUAUCAUGACAUUUUUAGCAGGGUCCAUCAUGUAGAAAAUAAACAUUCAGAUGUGAUUCACUAAAGUUACUAAGUUGGAAUUAAGAAUUUAUGUACACUAAAUCAUAUUAAGUGCAAAUCAGAUACCCUUUUAAUUUUAAUAUAUUUAUUUUAUAAUGGUAUCUAUAUAAAUAUCUCUUGAUGUAGAUACUUAAGUUCUUUAAAAUGAUUUAAAUGUAUAGUACAUUUAUUUUUAACAGUAAUUUGUUUCAUUUUAAAGUUAUUGAAGCAUGUUACUAUAAAUGUACAAUUAUGAAAAACUGAAAGCUAAAUUUCAGAUUCAUUGAGAUGGAGUCAAUUAUGCAAAGUAAUCAGAGGUUGCUGGAGCAUUCCCAUUGCUUCCCAGGAUUUGCAUGCAUUUCUCAUGAUCCUGCAUAUCUGUGCUCUUUGUAACAUACAUCCUUUCUCUGAAUAAACAGUUUCUGGCUAA